AUGGUAAAAAGGACCGACCGCCACAUCUUUAAACCCUUAGUGAUCCUAAUAGUCCUGUUAGGCCUGAGCCUAAGUGUUCGAGCCGAUGUCUCCCAUUUGCUGCAUAACUUUGGCUUAGAUGGAGGCCAUUCGCAUCACCACGAUCAUCAUGAUCAUCAUGAACACCAUGAACACGAUCAAUAUAACUCACAUUCGGCGUAUGAUCACCAUGAUCACCAUGAUCACCAUCACGAUCUACAUAUUGAUUUGCACUACAGUCCGGAAAGCCUUUCACAACAUCAUCAUCAUCAUCAUGAGGUUCCAAGUGGAUAUAGUUAUGGAACACCCAAGGCCACCUAUUUGCCAGCGGAAAAACCACGCAAGAAGUACUUGCCACCCAAAGUGUCGCUGCCUCCACCACCACCACCACCCUCAGUGCCAAAGGCAACCUAUUUGCCACCUGCCAAGGUGGAAGUAAAGUAUUUGCCGCCUGAGCCACCAGUACCAAAAUAUCUGCCACCCAAGAUUCCACCAAGUCUGCCACCACCACCACCACCACCCACUCCUAAGGCCACCUACUUGCCUCCCGUUCAACCGGAAGUGCAGUAUCUGCCUCCCCAGCCGGCACCCAAGUAUUUGCCACCCCAGCCUGCACCAAAAUACUUGCCUCCCAAGACACUCCCCGUUUUACCACCACCGCCACCACCACCAGCACCAGCUCCAAAGGCAACGUAUUUGCCACCAUCUAAGCCGGAAGUUCAGUAUUUGCCACCUGAGUCCAGCCUAGCCCCACCGGACCCACACUUUCACAUUCCCAUCCCUUCGUAUGCCCUUCCUUUGGAUCCAGCUCCCAGCUCGCUGCCCGUGGAGCACUCCCAUCAUGAACAUCAUGACCAUCAUGAUCAUGGCUAUCAUUACAAGCAGCCCCUCAGGCGCUUCAAGCUUUAAGACAGUACCAAACACACACACACACCCACUAGACCAAAACCGCGAAACAAAACCUCAUCAUAU